CUGAUCCUGAUCCUGAUCCUGAUCCUGAUCCUGAUCCUGACUCUGAUCCUGAUCCUGACUCUGAUCCUGAUCCUGACUCUGACUCUGAUCCUGACUCUGAUCCUGACUCUGACUCUGACUCUCAGUACCGGAGGAGAAGCCAGGCGGCGCUACACGUGUGUUCUCUACCGGAAACAGACGCGCCGUUUCCCCUCACCGAAGACAGUAUGGCGGCUCUGUGGAAGGUUGUCACCAGGAUCUCAGUCCCCACCUCUUCUCGGGUCAUCCCGACCUCCUCCCGGGUGCUCCCGUCCUUCCUCCGGGUCUCCAGAGCCUGCAGCUCCGGGGCGGACAGACCGCUCGGCUUCGCUGCUGCCUUCGACCUGCACUCCUCUCUGCGGCGGGAAGAGGAGAGCCUGACCCCGGGGAGCCGGACCUCCGACAGUUUCUCCCAGCUGCUCCGCCGGGCCCCCCUGGUGCAGCUGGGUCCGGCCCGAGGGAAGGUGGUGGUGGGGAGGGUCUUCCACGUGGUCCGGGACGACCUGUAUGUGGACUUCGGGGGGAAGUUCCACUGCGUGGUCCAGAGGCCGGUGGACGGGGGCCGGCUGCAGCGGGGCAGCAGGGUCCGGCUGAGGCUGCAGGACCUGGAGCUCACGGCCCGCUUUCUGGGCUCCAAGACCGACACCACGCUGCUGGAGGCCGAGGCUGUGCUGCUUGGCCAGCUGGACCUGAAGGAUGGCUGGGACUUCCAGGACCAGGACCGAGCCCCGCAGGAGAACCAGAACCAGGACUCACUUUAGUGUUCCUGAAGGAUCCAGAUCUUUUGUUGGUGGACUUUAAGCUUCUCUGGGACCAGGAUGAGUCUAGACUCGCGUCACUGUACUCAAUAAUAAAUGUUCUUUAUAUGAAGUA